AGUUCCAGCGCUCCUGCUCCGAGUGAUCGCCGUGAUCGCCGCGAGUAACCGGAUCUUGAUUUUAAUAGGAAGUCCCACGCCCGUCUGCAAUGAGUGCACUGUGUUUGUCGCUGCUGCUGGCCUGUCAACCGGUCGUCUAUGGUCGAGGUCGUGCGUAUGAUGGUGAGAAGAACUUUUGGCUCAGUGGAUAUCCGCAUCCGAACGAUGUCGGUUAUGAUCAGCCAGGGAAUUACGGUGAUCGUGUUAUUGGCAAACCGAAAAGUGCCCCAUCCUGGACCUACUCCAUUGACGAUGCGAUCGGUCCACCGAACUGGGGCAUAGUGGCGCCAGCGUGCAGUGGCACAUACCAGAGUCCCAUCAACAUCGUCAGCCAGGAAUCGUUGUUCGUUCGCCGGAAGCUACCGCUGGAGCUGGAUGGAUUGCGGAAUAUUCCAGGCGCGAUGAAGGUCGAGAAUGAGGGCACGUCAGUGAAGUUCAGCCCUCAGUGGAAUGGCCGCGCCCGUCCGGUGUUGCGUGGUGGUCCGCUAAAAAAUAAAUAUAUUUUCGAGCAGUUCCACUUCCACUGGGGACCCGAUAAUAGCGUCGGAUCGGAGCACACACUGGAUGGGAAACAGUUUCCGCUCGAGGUGCAUCUGGUGUUUUACAACGGGCUGUACAAGUCCUUCAGCGAGGCCAAGGCCGAGGUUGACGGGAUCGCGGUGAUUGGGUUCCUGUACGAAACCAUUCCCAACUCAGCCGACUAUUCAAUCAACGUUUGGAGCAACUAUUUGCCACAAGUGAGACAACCGCACUCCAAAGCGCAGCUUCCGUACAGUAAGGCAUUCUCGUUGGCGAGUGUAAUCGGAGAGAUGGGAUGGCCGUUCUACUCGUACUCCGGUAGUCUCACUACGCCACCGUGCCUCGAAACGGUCACGUGGAUCGUGGCUAGCAAACGGCUGGCCGUUACUGAGCGUGAAAUGAAGCUGUUCAGGGCAACGCUCGGAGAGGAUGGUAGUCCACUGCGGUUCAACUUUCGACCCACGCAGCCCCUUAACAAUCGACGUGUUUUCCGUUACUAGUUAUACUUAGUAAUCUCUUAGUUCCUUUGGCGCCCUUUGCACCAGGUAGUU